AUGCCCUUUGAUCGUGUGAUUCAGGAUUCCGACGAUGAGGAUGAGCUUCUCGGCGAGAUUCCCCCAGAGAAAACAAACCGCGCUGUAACAAAUUAUGGAGAGCAUAGUGGUGCAAAUAGUUCUGGGGCUCAAGAAGUCAAUGAUGAUUCACAUAUCGCAGUAGACUUUGACGAAUUCAUUGAACCGCAAAAUGCCCUGCAGAGGAGUUUGACCUCAUCCCAGCAGCGCAGAGAAGAACGAUGGAUACCGGUCACGGGUCGAGUUGGAUCAAUGGGCAACAUGAUGACGGAAAUUGGCAUUGCGCAACAACAAUUGUUCGACGAUGACCAGCAAGCCCAGUACGCUGUUGAACCGACCAUGCCUCAUGAGUACGAACAAAUAGAGAAUAUAACUCAUGUAACUCACGACAUGACUGCACAAGCGAACACCCUCGAAACUCAUGACCUACAGGCUGCAACAGCACAAAAUUCAAUUCCCGCUGCAGAGCUCCAGGGAACAAACCCGUCCGAUGACUGGUCUCAAUCAGCUUCAUACAACAUAUUUGACUCUUCCUCACAUACCCCAUCUGGUCAACUGAACAGAACCGAUUUUAUCCAUGACUCAGGUGUCUCAGCACAAACAGAGCCUAUGCAGCACCCUGAGGUUCGUCGUUGGACUUCUAUGCAGGGAGCCGAAUCGUCUCCGCAUGAUACAGAACCUUUCUCAUCAGUGAUUUCACCUCGAGCAACUAGAGCUAAGAGCGAUAAUGCCGCUCCUAAUAUGUUGCAGCCGUCAUCUGCUAGCGUCGAUGAGCUUGCCCUACCUGUGAUAACUGAAUUGCCCAAAGUUGAGAAGAGGGGCCGAAAGAAAAAGCAGGUUGUGCCUCCUAUUGACGAAGACGAUGAGCUUUCCCUUCCCCAGCCCCGUGAACUUCCACCUAGCAAGCCUGAAAAACGCAAGCCGGGUAGACCCCCGAAGAACCCAAAAGUAUCUCUCAAUGAUAGUGCCCCCGCUGCCCCUCAUACUCUUGCCGAGGACCCUUUCAUUCAACCGGCAAAGCAUCCUGAGGGUGCAGUUCCUGAUGCAUCGGAAGUCCCGACUGACGGUGCCACGGGUGAUGGUGACCCUCAGAGUAUCAUUGACGAACCUACGAAAGAUGACCACGAUGAAUCCCUUAUAACGCACACCCUAGAACAAAUCCCACAGGUUUCCUCCAAGCCAGCAAAAGAGCCGAAGAAAAGGAAACUGAAGCGCGGGAAAACAACCUCCGUGACUCUUACCAAGACAUACGAGCCAGACGUCGAAGAUGAUGUGAUCUGGAUAGAUGAGCGGCCCAUUACUACAACCCGCGAAGACAAACCAACAACAAAUCCCGCAGACCCAAGACCCAAUACAACUGGAGAGCAACCCCCAGCGCCGAAAAAGCGUGGCCGGAAGAGAAAGAAGACGGCAGAGCAGCUAGAACAAGAAGUAGUUGCGCCACCAGCGAUUGACGCAUCAGAUAUCCAAACAGCGAUCGCCAACGAAGAGGAGAAUAACCAGGUCCAGCAAAACGAGGCCUAUAACGAAUCUACUACCCGCACCCAAGCCCCGGAAGUCGAGAAUCCUAUUAUCGAAGAAGACCAAUCGAUCCCUAACCCACUUUCAGACCCCCAGCAAACAACCCCACCGAAAAAAAUCCCCGGACAGGUACCACCAGAUCAUCAGCCUCCAGAAACACCACAGAAGCCCAACGGCCCGAAAACACCAUCUACAAAGGGACCGGGUAAACACAGCCCUAUAUCCUCAACUAGCAAAGUUCCGUAUCGCGUCGGUCUAAGCAAGAAAGCUCGGAUUGCACCGUUGUUGAAGAUUAUUAAGCGGUGA